GUAGUCUGUGUCAUUGUCUGUGGUUUUACGUUUUUCGCACAUUUAUUUUUGCAAUUUCCUUCGCCCGUAAUAAAAUACAGCAAAAUAAAUUUUCGCUACCAAAAUUCAAUUUAUUUCUAGUUAGUUGUGUUACUAUAUAAAAGGCGCACUUACAAUAGUAACGAUGCUGUCCUAACUCCUAAUUAUUAUCAUAUAAUAGUCAAGAACAAUAGUGUUAAAAGAAAACAUAUUUCUAUGGAGAUUUAAUGUAAUUCCUGUGUUUAAAAUUGGCUAAAAACGUUUAUUGUGUAAAAUGCAGGGCAGUAGUGACUCACUGUCUGUCAUGACACCAAAUAUGGGUGGCUCGCCUGCUGUUUUACUUACUCCUGGCCGUACAAGGAACAUAGCCCAGGAUAUGGAAGCUUUACGGCUCUCAAGACAAGAUAAUCCAUAUUUACAGCAAGUAAUGGCCAGCAGGGAAAGUUUGAUAGACAGUCACGCUGAAGAAUGUGAAUCUGAUGAUACAAUACUAAUGUCGCAGGAAUUUGGCAGCACAGCCUUGAGUUUUGUGGAAGAUGACCCUAUGACUCUCAAAGAAGUUCACGAGCAUCUUAUCAGAUCACCUCCACCAACCAGUUGUUGGCCGCAUGACUCACUGUCGUUUCGUGCGUCCAGCGCUUUCGACUUCACGACCGACGCGCCGGUCUCCUAUAGCGCUUACUCGGUCAAUUCGCAGGAAAAGGAAUUACUUCCGAACCGGUCUCCACGACGUGGUAUAAGGAAUGAGGAGAACAAAAAUAACAACACUCCAAGCAGACCCAGGUCUUCCAGAUCCGUGUCGCCGAGGUCACAUGACUUGAGCUUAUGUGGACGGCCAUUGUCUUUACCGGGUGAGAGUCAUUUACGCACAGCUCUGAGUAAAAAGCCGAGCGUACAACAGACAGAAAGAUUUUCCAUAUUACAACACCCACGACCUCUAAGAAGACCUCACACCAGCCGACGCGAUGAGGACAGUGUCAAAUUGGUGCAAGACUACAAAUAACAGACUCCAUAGAGAGUCCCUUGAUAAAUUUCCAUAAAAAUCAUGAUUGAAAGUAGAAUACUUGUCAUGGAAAAGUACCAUAAUAAUUGCGAGUAGAAUUUCUGACAUGGAUUUUGCUACUAAGUAAAAUCUGACGUCUAACUCCGUUAAAUUGGUACAGAUCUCAUUUUUAAGGAAAAAGAAUGCUUGCCAUGAUAUAUUUGCCAGUAAUAUAAUAUUAGGUCAUAAUAUAGUAGGAUUUGUGUCAUGGCAAGUAUUCUAGACGUAAAAUAAUAUGUCAUAAUAGAAUACUUGUCACCAAGUAGAAUUGUUGCAGUAGAAUUCUUGUCAUGAGUCAUUUCCCUUUUUGUCUUGAAAUACUUGCAAAUAAAAUUAAGCCUUAAUAGCUUUGCAGUUUAGGAGCCAUGCCAUAAAGGUCUUGGGUUUGAUCCCUGCCCAAUUACCCAUUGGACUGUAGUCAUGCCCUACCUGACUAUAGGCUUUACCUGGCUUUUUGCGUAGUCAGAAAGGGAUUAUUGGUUAUGUUGAAAAAUAACAUUUUAAAAAUAAAUUAUGAAUAUUUUGGAUUGAUGAUUCAAUAUUGUGUUAGGUACUAAUGUAAGUUUUGUCUUGUUUUAAUAUAAUUGCUAACUCUUGCUUUAGUAUCAGUGCAAGUAGAAUUAUUGACGUAUUCAAAUACUUGCAAGUAAAAAAAAAACAUACAUACAGCCGAACGUAGAACCUCCUCCUUUUUGGAAGUCGGUUAAAAACAGUUGACAACUUGGUGCAAUUUAUAUUGUUAAAAUGUCUGGCCGCUCAGAAAUUGCGUUUCUGACAGGACGUGAUCGAGGCGAUGUAACGAACUGGCGUACAAGGUUGUUGAACUGCGCUGUUUCAAGGUUAUGCCAACUGUUUGUCUUGGUAGUUAUGACACAAAAAACGAGGCAAUUGUAAUUGAAUGUUUGUCCCAUUCGAUCACGAGCUGUCAGAAACGCAAUUGCUGAGCGGCUGGCUAAUAAUAUUGUGUUGUAAUAAUUACUUUUGUUACUUUUACUAUUACUUUUAUUUGUUGUUAUUUAUGUCGUGCAAUUAUAAAAAUACUAUACUAUGGCCUUUCUUGAUGAAUACUGUUUACCAACAAACAAUUUAAAAAUGAGGGUAUAAAUCACUAGUCAUUUCACACCUUAUAAUAAUUAUAAAUAACUUGUUCUUAAAUUAAUGAAAAUAAAUUUGAUUAAUAAGCUUAGAACAAUUAGAUAUGGUUAAUAUAUAUUGUAUAACAUUUUAUAAACAAACAAUACCUAAUUUAAAAUAAAUAAGCUAUGAAAUGACAUGCGUUUUCUACCCUCAUUUCUAAUUUGUUUGUUGGUGAACAGUACUCAUCAAGAAAGGCUGAAGUAUAGUUUUAAUAGCUUGCUUAUUGUUUUAUAUCUACUUUGUUUUUGUUAACUACAUGAUUAUGUUCCUCUUUUACAUUCCUGCCUCUAUAGCCAAGUGUCACGUCGAUUCUCUUUCUACGAUCGCAAACGCUUCGAAAACUAGAAAAAUGUAUGCGAAUGAUUUCGUACAUUUGAUAUCAACAGGUCACGUGAUCAAGAUCUGUCAUUCCCAUACAUUUUUCUAGUUUUCGAAGCGUUAGCGAUCGUAGAAAGAGAAUCGACGAACCACUUUGUUAUAGGAGCUUUAGUCUUAAUGGCACAAAAUUAGCCAUAGACAAUUUGCAUGCAAAUAUUAUAAAGAAAAAUACAGUCGUGUGUAAUAUAAGUAAAAAAAAAAACAA